AUGGAAAAUCUGGCAUUGAGGGGGAAAGCGACUCAAUCAACUUUAUAUGGUACUGGAUUUGCUCUCAAUGCCAUUGAUGGAAACCGUGAUGGUGAUUAUUUUCAUGGGUCUUGCACCCACACUAAAGCUCCAUCUAAUCCCUGGUGGACAGUGGACCUGAGGAGGAGUCAAUCAACUUUAUAUGGUACUGGAUUUGCUCUCAAUGCCAUUGAUGGAAACCGUGAUGGUGAUUAUUUUCAUGGGUCUUGCACCCACACUAAAGCUCCAUGUAAUCUCUGGUGGAGAGUGGACCUGAGGGGGAUGUACAGAGUCAUGUCGGUGACUGUCACAAACAGACAGGACUGCUGUUCUGAAAGAAUCAAUGGAGCUGAGAUCAGCAUUGGGAACUCUCUGAAAAACAAUGGCAACAGCAACCCCAUGUGUGCUAAGAUAUCCUCAAUACCAGCAGGGGAUACCAUCACCUUUCAGUGUAAAGAAAUGGAGGGCCGCUACGUCAAUAUUUUUCUCCCAGGAAGAGAAAAAUACCUGACUCUGUGUGAGGUGGAGGUACAUGGCAUUGCUGCAAAAUCACCUCAGGAAGAACAGAGCCUUUCCCUUGUAGAAAGCGUGGUGAUGAGGAGAGGGAAGUUAUAUUUUUCUGUUAGAAUGCCAAGCCAAUGGCAACACAAGCGAUUCAAGAAGCGCAACUAA